UCUGCCUAAACUCGCUCACCCAAAACCAUGCCACUAUCUUUCAAAUUUCAGCCGUUUUUCUCCCUCUGAAAACAUAUAUAAAAAAAAAAACGCAAUAUGGCCUACUUCCUUCCAAAAACUAGUACAAUACUCUCUUUUUCUGCUGUUGCUUUUUGAUCUCGAGUACCAGCAAAAAAAAAAAAAGAAAAGUGACUGAUGGGCGGUGUUGAAUCCAGAAAGGUUGCUCCAAUUGAAUAAAGGGUCUCUUUUUUUAUUCUAUUUACAAUAGGUGUUUUUGGAAGGGACGUCCAAAGUCCAUAUAUGGAGUACGGAAGCGGUGGAGGAGGAGGGAGUGGGUCCGGUGGAGACCACGAUGCCUCCGACCCAUCCCGGAGGAAAAAGCGUUACCAUCGCCAUACUGCUCACCAGAUUCAGAGACUCGAAGGAAUGUUCAAGGAGUGCCCACACCCCGAUGAGAAGCAAAGGUUACAGUUGAGUAGGGAGUUGGGAUUGGCACCCAGGCAGAUCAAGUUUUGGUUUCAAAACAGAAGGACCCAGAUGAAGGCCCAACACGAAAGAGCCGAUAACUGUUCUCUUCGUGCAGAGAACGAUAAGAUCCGAUGUGAGAACAUAGCCAUUAGAGAAGCACUCAAGAAUGUCAUCUGCCCUUCUUGCGGUGGCCCUCAUGUCUCCGAGGAUUCCUAUUUUGAUGACCAAAAGUUGCGGAUGGAGAAUGCCCAAUUAAAGGAGGAGCUUGAUAGAGUAUCUAGCAUUGCAGCUAAGUACAUAGGGAGGCCGCUAUCCCAACUUCCGCCUGUACAGCCUAUUCAUAUUUCUUCACUGGAUUUAAGGAUGGCGAGUUUUGACGGCCAUGGUAUUGGUGUUGCUGCUCCUUCCCUUGAUCUUGAUCUUCUCCCUGGAAGUUCCUCCUCAAUGCCAAAUUUACCUUUCCAACCAGUUGUUAUUUCGGACAUGGAUAAGUCCCUAAUGACCGAUGUUGCUGCAAAUGCAAUGGAAGAACUGCUCAGGCUUUUGCAGACCAAUGAACCUUUAUGGAUCAAGUCCACCAAUGAUGGGAGAGAUGUUCUUAAUCUUGAAAGCUAUGAGAGGAUUUUUCCUAGAGCUAAUACCCACUUUAAAUCUCCCAACCUUAGGAUUGAAGCUUCGAGAGACUCUGGUGUUGUCAUCAUGAAUGGUUUAGCUUUGGUUGACAUGUUCAUGGAUUCUAACAAAUGGGUGGAGUUAUUUCCAACCAUUGUGUUGAUGGCCAAGACAAUUGAAGUAAUAUCAUCUGGAAUGUUAAGCAGUCAUAGUGGUUCUUUGCAAUUGAUGUAUGAAGAGCUGCAGGUGCUUUCCCCACUGGUAUCCACACGUGAAUUUUAUAUCCUUCGCUACUGUCAGCAAAUUGAGCAAGGCUUAUGGGCUAUAGUCAAUGUUUCAUAUGAUUUUCCCCAAUUUGCUUCUCAAUGUCAGUCUCAUAGGCUUCCUUCUGGAUGUUUGAUUCAGGACAUGCCUAAUGGCUACUCCAAGGUUACCUGGGUGGAGCAUGUCGAGAUUGAAGACAAGACUCCAACACAUCGGCUCUACAGGGAUCUCAUUCAUGGUGGUUUGGCAUUUGGAGCAGAACGGUGGCUUGCUACUCUUCAGAGGAUGUGUGAGAGAUUUGCUUGCCUAAUGGUAUCAGGCACUUCAACCCGGGAUCUCGGUGGAGUAAUUCCAUCUCCUGAUGGCAAGAGAAGCAUGAUGAAGCUUGCUCAAAGGAUGGUCAACAAUUUCUGCACAAGCAUCAGCACAUCCAAUAGUCAUCGGUGGACAACACUUCUUGGUUUGAACGAAGUUGGUGUCCGGGUCACUGUUCAUAAGAGUUCUGAUCCUGGGCAACCCAAUGGUGUAGUUCUUAGUGCAGCUACUACCUUCUGGCUUCCUGUUACUCCUCAAAAUGUCUUCAAUUUCUUCAAGGAUGAGAGAACUCGACCUCAGUGGGAUGUUCUAUCCAACGGCAAUGCAGUGCAAGAGGUUGCUCAUAUUGCAAAUGGGUCGCAUCCUGGCAAUUGCAUAUCUGUUUUACGAGCCUUUAAUACUAGUCAGAACAAUAUGUUAAUACUUCAAGAGAGCUGCAUAGACAAUUCAGGGUCGCUAGUAGUAUAUUGCCCGGUUGAUUUGCCUGCCAUCAAUGUAGCAAUGAGUGGUGAGGAUCCUUCAUACAUUCCGUUACUGCCAUCAGGUUUUACGAUAUCACCUGAUGGCCAUCCAGACCAAGGAGAUGGAGCGUCAACAAGCUCUAGUUCACAUGGAAACAUGGGAAAAUCUGGGGGUUCACUAAUUACGGUUGCUUUUCAGAUACUAGUGAGCAGCUUACCAUCUGCUAAGCUGAACUUGGAGUCAGUGACAACUGUUAAUAACCUUAUCGGCAACACCGUCCAGCAAAUUAAGGCAGCUUUGAAUUGUCCUAGUUCCUGAUGAUCUGGUUCGGUUGUGUUACUACUGCUACACAACAAAACUGUUUUUACCUCUCUACAUCAUCUUUAAAUAUUGAGAUGAGAGAAAUUCAGAGUCUCUUUGUGUGCUGAUGGUAUUCAAUGUGGGGGGAAGUAUUUGUGGUUAGUUGGGACUUUCAAUGCCCUCUCGUCAAAGAGCUGAAGCCGCUUAUUUACUGCUUUGCUGCUGCUAUUGCUGCCAAACUUCAUUGCCAUCUAGAUUAUAGACCAACUAAUCUUUUAUUUUUGGUUUUAUUUUCUUGGGGGGUUUUACAAAGCAUUUUGGGUUUUUGCAAUUUAAGUUGGAAGAGUGGCUACUACUAGUCUCAAGAGGAGUCAAGAACGAACCAUACGUUGUCUUUCCUGCUGGACCUCACCUCUCUCAUCUUCCUUUCUCUACUCUUACUCUGCAAGCCAGACAGCAAGAAAAGAAAGAUGUAUGGUUCGGGUAUUGACUUCUGUUCAUGGGCUUUGCCUUUUAUCUUUUCUUUUAUUAACGUGGAUCAUCUUUAUUCACUGUUUCAUUUCUUGUCUUUUUCUUUUCCCUUAUUGCAAUAAUAAUAUUAAUAAAUAAAUAACUCUCUU